AUGUUAAUUGAAUCUGAUUUGAAGGAUAUUGGACGAUAUUUACGUGCUGAAAACAGGCAAAAUUUAACAUCCAAAGGCGUAGAAUCUGUUCGAUCUCCAGUCACAAAUUUGAAAAAAUAUUCACCCGAGUCUGGUCCUUUUAUCAUUGAUCAUGAUACAUUCUGUCGAGUGGUUCAUAAUGAAUUUUUGAGGUAUUAUUCUUAUGCUGCUGACGAAGACAUUGAGAAAAAUCUAGAUCCAAUAAUAGUGGAUGAUCAAUACAUAUCAAAAGUUCCUAAAAUACUCGAGUAUCGUGAUGAACUAAAGAGCUGGGAAUGGACGUAUGGUCAAACACCAGAAUUCACGCACAAUCUUGAACGCGAAUUUCCAUGGGGGCACGUGAAAGCUUUUAUUAAAUCAAGAAAUGGUCUAAUUACUGCUGCCGCAUUAACUACAUCAAAUUACGAAUAUGACUUUGUCCUAAACGCAUUUGAAGAUGCAUUAGAUGCAAUUAAAUAUGCUGAUCAUGAUGCGAUUGAUCAAGCUUACCUUUCAGCACACGAAUCACUUUUGAAUUAUACUGUGACGUGGGAAGAGGAUCGGCGAGUAAGUGCCAUUCGAGAUUUGGCCGAGUGGUUAAAGGAUGUAUUAUGA